AUGGAUGGGCAAUGUAAUAGUGUUGAGCAACCUGAGUCUGUCACAUCUACUGUGACUGGAAAUACAACCAACAGUUUUGAUGAGGAUACGGCAUGCAUACGCUUUCCAUUCUUCAGCUGCCGCUUCUUGAGAAGAUCAAAGCCUUCAACACAAAACAGACCCAAUGUUUUUAGGAGACUUUGGAAGAGAUUUAGACAGACAGUUUCUUGCAUAGGAAACGUUGAUAUUGCAAACAGUGUGAUUGAAGACACUAUUCAACAGGAACUUGAAAAUGGAGCACUAACAAAUGGCACAGAAAAUGUCAACGAUCAUAACUAUGGCCUUGAGAGUAAACAACACCAAGAAGAGUCAACUUGUAAUGCAGGUCCCUCAACUUCAAGCUUAGAAAGGCACUCAUCAAGCUUAGAAAGGCACUCAUUAACACCUGGACAAGCAAUAGCAUGCUACAAGGAUAUGCUAACCUCUUUUGAACAUCUUGAAAUUUUUAAUUACACUGAAAUCUUUUUUGUGGGUCAAAAUGCAGAUAAACAUCAACAUACAUUUAAUACAUUUAAUGACCCAAAUAACAGAGGUUUUGAUGAUAAAAGAGGGUUUUACCUGCACAUACCUAAUGGCCAUAUUGCAUACAGAUAUGAAUUUCUAACAGCCAUUGGGAGAGGAGGAUUUGGUCAAGUUGCCAAGGUCUAUGAUCAUAAGCUACAGCAACACGUGGCAUUAAAAAUGGUUAGGAAUAAUGAAACAGCUUGUCAUCUAGCUGCCCGUGAAAUCCAAAUUUUGGAAGUCCUCAGGAAACAAGACAAGGAUAAUAAAAUGAAUGUGAUACAUAUUCUGGAUAACUUUACUUUUCGAAAUCAUGUCUGCAUGACAUUUGAGCUAUUAUACAUGAGCCUUCAAGAUCAGAUAGAUAAAACAGAACAAGGUUUCAGCUUACCUUUAGUGUGUGAUUUCACUUAUUCCACUUUGAACUGCUUGAAUGGUUUGCACAAAAGUAAAAUCAUGCAUUGUGACCUAAAACCAGAAAAUAUUAUAUUGAAACAACCUUCCAGAAGUGAAAUUAAAGUAAUUGAUUUUGGUUUCAGCCGGUAUGAUGGUGAGGAUGUUGAACCUUGGAUUCAGACACUCUACUACCGAGCACCAGAAGUAAUUCUCGGUGCUGAUUGUGGAAUGCCAAUGGAUAUGUGGAGCCUUGGAUGCACUAUGGCAGAGCUAUUUACUGGUGUGCCACUCUUUUAUAGUGAAGAUGAGUACGAUCAGUUGGCAUGUAUACUAGAGUUAUUGGGGAUGCCACCUCAGUCGCUGAUGGAUUCAUCAAAAAGAGUUAACCAUUUUUUCAGUAAGAAAGGUUACCCUAAAUAUUGUAAUAUUACAUACUCACAAGACGGCUCUGUAAAACUCAAUGGUAGUUAUUCUUUCCCAGGCAAAUUCAGAGGUCCACCUGGAAGUAGAGAAUGGGGAGUUGCACUGAAUGGCUGUGAUGAUCCACUGUUUUUGAAAUUUUUGAAAGGAUGUUUGGAAUGGGACCCUAAUUUACGAAUGACUCCAGAGCAGGCUUUAAGGCAUCCUUGGCUUCUAAAUCAACUGCCAGGAUUUUAUGAUGUCGUCUCCAUUCCAGCUUACAUAUUUGAUGAAGAGGAGCUCAGUGAACCAACAAGCUGCAAAUCAUGCUCCUUGCGAUCAGUCUUCUUUGAUGUUUCAGAAGAGCUCAGUGUAGACAUCAUCUCUGAGGAAUGCUAUGUGCCAUCUUCUACAUCCUGCACAGAGAGCUCUGAAGGGUGCUAUAUACUAUCUUCAGCAUCCAGCAAGUCCGAGGCAGAGAUCACUAUGCCAACAAGGUGCAAGUCAUGUCCUUUCUGA